AUGUCCCGACUUUUGCUGCAGUGCCGCAGAACUUUGCUGAUCCUGCGCCAUCAAACGGCGGUGGAAAAUGAGAAAGGACUCUUUGGCAAGCUGCUGGGAAAGUGCCAGUCCUUCGGCAAGGAGGAAAAGGAGCUUGGCCAGCAGGAGGAGGAGGAAUCAAAGAGGUCUUAGGUAGGAAAUUCAAAUGUCUGCAGCAGAAGCUAACCCCUACCCAUUGAAGAUCAUAUAAUGGGCAGCAAAUUACCAUAUUGUUGCCGGGAGCCCCAGAUGAAUCGGGUCCAUUUUACGGGCAGCUCAUAAAACGGAACAUUAUAAAGCCAUAAAGCAUCAACUAAAAUCGGGCAAAAAUAGCUUUGGAGGAGCACAGGCGAUGGCCAGACUUAGACAAGUGAUACAACAUCCAUUUCCCUGGUCGGUUUACGAUGUCUGAAAAUGCCAGGCAUCGAAAUUCGAUGGCGAGGGGGGAAAGGGCAGGAAUGACCAGCAGCGAGAUGUAUCUAAAUUUUAAGCGAACCAAAUUGUUAGAUAAAAGCAGCCGUUUCUCAUUGAACUA